AUGAGCAGAACUCGCUUCUUCCAGCUACUGCGGUAUUUUCAUGUUGUCAAUAAUCAAGACUUGCCUGACGCUAAUAGUAAUCGUGAGAAACUCUUCAAGAUUUGCCUAGUUUUAUCUGCAUUGCAGUCAUCAUUGAAGACACUCCCUCCAGAAGAAUACCAAGCUGUUGAUGAACAGAUAAUACCAUUCAAGGGUAGAAGCGGUUUGAAACAGUACGUAAGAAAUAAGCCUCACAACUGGGGCUACAAAUCUUUUAUGAGAGCUGGUGCUUCAGGCACGAUGCAUGAUUUUCAAAUUUAUGUUGGCAAAAACACCUGCAGUGAUAGAGGAUUAGGUUUGUCUGGGGAUAUUGUUUUGGCAUUGACGGAAACAUUGCCAGAGAAACAGCAUUUCAAAGUGUUUGCUGAUAGUUUGUUUUCGUCUAUACCAUUAGCAAUUGCCCUGAAAGAAAGGGGCAUUGAAUUCUGUGGCACUAUCAGGAUAGACAGGAUGGGAAAAUGUCCCUUGAAAACUGAAGUGGAGCUCAGGAAAACUGGAUGUGGCUCCUGUGACUGA